AUGGACACAGAAGGAGGAACCAGGCAGUGCGACGCGCUCGAGGACAGGAGAAGACGGCAGGAAAAUGCUGAGGUGCCCACUCCGGUGGUAGGCGACAGAGAGGAGGAAAAUGGACGAGACGCGAGGCCACGGGAGAAGAACAGAAAAGCCGUUUGCCGGCGAACAGAAACCGAGAUUUGCGUCUUCGUCGUGGGUCUGCGAGAGCCUUCUUCGACAGCACGACUGGAGUUCCUCUCGGCCGGCCUCGCAGUGCCUCGCGUUUCGCUUCAGCGACUCCUGGCCACCGCGUCUUUGGUCUCUCGGCCGCUGUUCCCCUGCUGCGGUUCGAAAGAGACCUUGUUUGACGGUUUCGGCGAGUCUCUCGAAAUGCGCGUCGGACGUCAAUCGCCAGGUGCAUCUUCUUUUCUGUCGCGCUUGAAGACUGUGUAG